AUGUCGUCGUCGUUAUCAUCUUCGUCGGCUCAUCUCUCAACCAUGGCCGGCGUGAGACGCUCGGUCUGGAACUCAAGAGCUGCUCAUCCAAGGGUCGUCCAAAUGGAACUUUUGGCUCACCAGCUUGCCUGCCAGGACUACAGCGUCGAUAUCCUGCGACACCUUAUCGAUAUCGAGCAAAACAGCAGACCCUGUCUCGCCAGCUUCCAGGCGCAACCGGAAAUCAACACGCACAUGCGGUCGCUCAUCUUCGAUUUCGCCAUGUGCUGCCACACAAGACUUGCCCUGUCGUCGUCCACACUGUUCCUGUGUUUCAGCGUCAUCGACCGCUACUGCAGUCGCAUCGUGGUCAAAAGCUCAACGUACCAACUCGUGGCCCUUUGCAGCUUGUGGCUUGCAUCCAAGUACACCGACAAAAAACCUCGUGUUCCAUCUUUAAGAUCCCUCCAGAAUCUGUGCUGCUCGCAGUAUUCCAGGACCCAGUUCCAAGAAAUGGAACUUCACAUCCUCAAGGCCCUCAACUGGACCCCUUGUAACGCCCCACCUCACGACGUGUUUGUCGAUAUUCUAUUGAAAAAUAAGAUAAGCUCUCUAAGUUACCGUGGCCUCAACAUCAACGACCUUAAGUACGCUAGUUGUGUUCUAUGUGAACUUGCCUGUUUCGAUCACGUCCUGGCGUUUGAUUGUAACGCCAGUGCCGUCGCACUUGCUGCAGUCACGGUGGCCACCCACGCUUUACGUUUGUCCAUCGACGGCGAGUUUUUGCAUUACUCCGCUAUGCUCAAGGACGUAAACUUGCAACGCGUUUGUGGGCUUAUUUUGCGGAAAUUGCGUACCCGCAACUUCCCUUCUAGCUUCAAGCUCAAAUAUUUUGGCCAAAGCUCGGUAGAGUCCAACCCCAUCAUCAAGAGCUUGAUCGAGUAUGACCAAGCCGUCUGCCCGCCAACACCGGUUUCUGCUACUUUGGGAUCCGUGAACUUGGGUUUCCCGGGAUCCCAACAACACGGUGACACCUCAAUUGCAUAUACCGCUAGAGCUCCCAAUCGUGUUGUUUCCCAACCAUUUAGGUCUCCGCUUGCUAAUGUCCCUCCGACUCCAAGCACGCCUUCUUCGAUAGGACUGAAGAACCAUGCUCGAGCGCCAAGUUUCAUGGAAACCCCACAGUCAUCUGCAUCUCCCAAUCCAACCAAGCCCGUGAACCCUGCUGCAUACUUAGCCAAGAGUACAACGACAGGUGCACCGACCAACAUGCACAAGCGAUCUGACUCCAAACGCAACUCCGCAUACAUGGAUUUGGAUUUUUUCGACAUGGCUGAAGUAAGUUGUAAGCGUCCAAGGUAA